UUACCUUCGUCUUUGUAUCACUUCCCUUCUAGAGCACAUCAUUGGACCCGUAUUCAUUUCCUGCCAGUAUAUGCCUUUAAUAAUAUUCUAUAUCAUCAUAGGCUCCUUCGAUUAAAUAGAUGCCAUGUUAUGUAGUGAAAUAGAUGACAUGUUAUCGUCAUUCUGUUUGUUGCAGCCAUUUCACAACGGUUGUACUACUACCCCUACACAAGUGACACGGCACAAGUGACACGAAAUGUACUACCACUACACAAUGAAACAAGGGACCAACUCAUCAGCGGGGAUCCAAUCCCUCCUGAACAACCCGCUCAGCCACACCUCUGUACCCGCAGCGGGGAUGACUCCCUCCAGUGGCACCUCCACUGUCCCCCCCUUCAAAUUCCGCCAUCGCGGGGAGAAGGUGGACUGGCGGCAGAUUAACAAGGUGGACAUAAACCUUGUGAAAAGCCAGCUGGACAUAGACACUCUGCAGGCUCACAUCAACGAAGUGACGUUGUGCAGCCUGGAUGGGGAGCGGUGCCAGGAGUGCCGGAGCCCUGUGGACCCGGGUCUGCUCAAGCUCCUGCAGCUGGGGCAGCUCUCCGUGGAGUGGCUGCUCCACUGCCAGGAAGUCCUCAGCCUCAACCAGCAUGCAGCGGAGGAGAGGCUGGAGGCGGCGCGCAUGGAGCAGAAGCAGCUGCUGGAGCAGCAGAGCCAACAGGAGGAGAAGGUGAAGGCUCUGAACGAAGAACUUAUGCUGAAGGGGAAGGUCGUGAGCGACCUGCAGUCCCAGCUGCUCCUCUGUAGCCAUAAGUGUAAAGUUUGUAAGAAGGGCUUCCUUACGCCACAAUUCCUCCAGAGUCACAUCCAACGCCGUCAUCCUGAGGACCAUGAGAGCCAGCUGCAGUCGGAUCGUGAAAUUAAACCGCAGAUCGAUAUUCUUAAAACGGAGAUCAGCGGAUUGAAGGAGAUGAACGUUCAGCUGCAGCAGAACCUGCAGCUCAAAACAGCUCAGGUAAGAAAAGCAGAACAUCGGAGAACCUCGUACGAACAGAUUUGUUGUUACGUGGAGAAGCGACUUGAGAGCGAGCGAGAACAACUCAAGGCUGAGGAGAUGGUUCGCUUUGAGCGAAUCCAAGCCGACUCUGCUCAGUCACAGGCAAAACUCCUGCUGAACCUUGAGCAGCAGCUGAAGAAGCAGGAAGAAUUGUGGCAAUCCAAGCUGCAACAGACCAAGGACCACCACAAGUCUGAAAUGAAUAAGCUGCUGGACGAGCUGAGCAGAGUUCGGUCGUCUGUGUCUGCAGAGCAGGAGCGAAGCCAGCAGCUAAAGCAGGAAAUGGAACAGUUGAAGCAGGAAAUGGAACUGAGGCUGCAGGAGAUGCAGCUUUCCAUUGAGGCUCUGAGGAAGCAGGAGAUGGAACAGAGGCAGGAGAUGCAACUUUCCAUUGAGGCUCAGAGGAAGCAGGAGAUGGAACCGAGGCUGCAGGAGAUGCAGCUUUCCAUUGAGACUCUGAGGAAGCAGGAGAUGGAACAGAGGCUGCAGGAGAUGCAACUUUCCAUUGAGGCUCAGAGGAAGCAGGAGAUGGAACAGAGGCAGGAGAUGCAGCUUUCCAUUGAGGCUCAGAUGAAGCAGGAGAUGGAACAGAGGCAGGAGAUGCAGCAAUCCAUUGAGGCUCAGAGGAAGCAGGAGAUGGAACAGAGGCAGGAGAUGCAGCUUUCCAUUGAGGCUCAGAUGAAGCAGGAUAUGGAACAGAGGCAGGAGAUGCAGCAAUCCAUUGAGGCUCUGAGGGAGCAGGUUAAAAACAAUAAAGUUAAAGUACCAGUGGUGGUCAGAGCACAAGCACCAGAGCCACAACCAAAGAGGGUUGGUCUUGACUCGAGCAGCGCCUCUGAGCCGGAACAGAGUCCGAGCGUGACGGUCAAUGCUCGGAAGAGGAGGCCCAGCACCAAGAAGAAGAUGAGACGAAAGCUCAAGCGGGCCGUCUCAAAGAGCCUGGAGGACCUGGGGGUCAAGCCCAAUCAAAGUGGUGUGAAGAACAGGGAGUUCACUUCCAUCAUGGCCAAAGUGCAUUCAGGGCAGGACCAAGCUGCGAAGGAGAUGCCUGGAUACGGACGAUGUCGGGGGGAGCUCGACCGCAGCUUGAACGAGAAGAGCGCGAGAAUGAAGAGAGAAGCUCCUCCAGAGACUCGGGCUCUAUCCAGAAACGCGGUUCAAGGCAGACAGUCCAAGACUCCCCAGCCAGCGCCGAGGGCAAGGAGCACCACCCCACCCAAGAAAUCUACGCCAGACAACAGUGCUGCUCCGAGGACCUGCAAACUCAUGUAA